AUGGAUUCUACACAACUUAGCUUUCUAAAGGUGGAGACCCAGAAUGAGUUUGACUGGUUCUACUACUUGGAAGAACCAUCUUUAGGAUUGAUAGAACAACACUCAGCUUUCUGUGAUAGCUUUGAUAACUACAUGACCAGUCUCUUUGACGUCAAUCCAUGCCUACUUCCUCCACAAAACAAUCACCAUCUCCAUUUUGGUUUCGACGAUUUUGAAGAUAUCAGCCAGGAUUUCGGCUUCUGGGAUCCUAACUUCCCAUCAUUUUAUGAAGAUACUGUUAUUAAUGCUAAGCCUUUCAAUUACUUGCCUCAACAUUUUGACCAAUCUGAUCACAAAGUUAUCAGUUUUUCAACUGAUUUCCCAGCUGCAAUACAUCAUCAGAGAGAGUUAGCAAAUGCAAGAGCAAAGGCAAAGAUAACAAGAGAAAGCGUAAAGUCUAAGUCUGCUGCCUUAGAAUUGGAAGAGAUUCAGAAGUAUUUUGAUGUUCCGAUAACUAAAGCGGCGAAGGAAUUGAAGGUUGGUUUAACUGUGUUGAAGAAGAGAUGCAGAGAACUUAACAUCAUGCGGUGGCCUCAUAGAAAGAUCAAAAGCUUGAAGUCCCUCAUCGAUAAUGUUAAGGAAUUAGGGUUUACUAAUGAGGUGGGGAUGCUGGAAGAGCACAAGAGAAUGGUAGAGAAGGUGCCAGAACUGGAAUUGACAGAGAGAACCAAGAGGCUCAGGCAAGCCUGCUUCAAGGCCAAUUACAAGAAGAGAAGGUCCCUGGCUGCUUUUGCUUGA